AUUCGUACCGCCACCAUAGUCCAAACACUACCCAAUACGCUUCGCUCAUUUGAAGGAAUGGAGGGCUGCCGCUCUUGGGAACGCUCCUGGUGAUAACGCUGUUGUUGAAGAAUAAGUACAGUACGUGUUUCUGGGUCGACAGUGUAAAGAUAUCCUGAAUACAUCUUUUCAUUGAGCAUUGUGACGUUACAGAAGCUUCCAAGUUGGACGUAAAUCUCUCGUAGAGUGUUUCGGAAUAAUUGCCAUUCUUCGUUCAUGCUGAUUAGGAUGUAAAGGAAAUGAACUUCAAAUGAAGUGACUGUAAUAAAAUAUCACAACUGUGCCACCCAACCAGCACUAAAACUGUUUUUUUUUAAGUCCUUCUAUUAUUCUUGCACAUUGCAUCUUUGUACAUUCCAUGGCAGAGCGUAAAGCGACUAACAAGUACUAUCCGCCAGACUGGGAUCCCUCUAAGGGUUCAAUAAACACCUAUGUUGGUCAGCAUCCAUUACGGGACAGAGCCAGGAAGCUUGACCAAGGGAUUCUGGUUGUUCGUUUUGAGCUGCCAUACACGAUUUGGUGCAACCAAUGUGACAAUUCAAUAGCGAAAGGUGUCCGUUUCAAUGCCGAGAAGAAGAAAAUUGGGAACUACUACUCUACGCCAAUCCUCAGUUUUCGGAUGAGGUGUCAUCUUUGCAGCAACUGGUUCGAAAUUCAGACAGACCCGAAGAAUGCUUUGUAUUUAGUUACAGCCGGAGCAAGAAAAAAAGAUGAAGAUUUCAACGCUUCCGACAAUGAGACUCUAGAACUCGAUUCGCCCGAGGAGCUGGAACGGCGAGUUAACGACAAGUUUGCACAGCUAGAACACGCUCAAAAGGAUGUUCUUAAGGCUCAGCAAGGUGUAACACAAUUGACAAGGCUUCAGCAGCUCAAUGACCGGCAAUGGAGCGACCCUUACACCCAAUCACAAAGACUUCGUAAGGGAUUUCGAACAGAAAAGAAACAGCGGCUCAAAGCCGAAGCGGAAUGUCAGGCCAUAGCAGAUCGUGUUGGCCUGACACUGAAAGUUUUACCCGAGUCACAACAGGAUCGCGAUGUAGCCAAUAAGACUGAGUUUGCCUCGGGACAAAAAGAUCUGCUGGAAAGAAAGUUGAAAGAGAUUAAAUCUGGUGCAUUGUUUUCGAAGAGCAAAGGCGGUAGUAAAGCAAAGGGUCUUGUCAAAUCACCUGGCGUAUCAAAGUCAUCAGAUAAAGUCGUACGGGAUCUCGCUUCUGUAGUGACUACUAACACGCUACUUCAGGUUGACCCAUUUCUUAUUGGAAAUCAUAACUCUGGCUCGUCAACUACUGCUCCUAUUGUUAUAAAGCCAGCACCAGUCGCCAAGACGCCCUUAGUUUCAUAUGGUGGCGAUGAGUCAAAUAGCGAUGAUGGGCUGUGAUAAUCUCAGCUACUUGAUAUCAUGUAGAUUGCAAUAUGCGGGUGCGCGGAGCAAAAGUGGUUUGCUCCGCUUGUACAAUAAAGUAUUCCGAUU